AUUGCCCAUUCUACAUCUCUGGAUCGGAUUCAGCAUAGCUGAACCUUCUGUGCUUGAUGUUGUCGCACGUCCUCACUGCGCCGUAUUUAAAGAGGCGGUACUGAGAUGCGUUCGCACAGUCUCUUGUUCCCUAGGACACGUCGCCAUGAGUUCCGCGACAUUAGCCCUCAACUUGAACCCCACGAUGGGGGCGAUGUUUGUUGCAGUGGUAGUCAGCGCCGUAUUCUAUGGCGUUACUACCCUCCAAACGAUCUUCUAUUACUCGACUUAUCCGCGCGACGCACUAUGGAUCAGAGUAAUGGUUGUGUUCUUAUGGAUACUUGAUGGCCUCUCUUUGAUCAUGAUAUCGUAUGGCCUAUACACAUACUUGGUGAUCGACUACAUGGAUCCCUUUGCCCUCGAGAAGUUCAGCCGAUUCUAUGGAGCUGAACCCUUCAGUGCGGCGACUAUUGCAUUUGUUGUGCAUGAAUUCCUGGUCUAUCGUAUCUGGUGCCUGGAUAACAAGUUUGCCCCUUUGGCCGUUCUACUGGCUCUGCUUUCCGCGUUCUCAUGUGGUCUAUCAAUCUAUGCGGCACAGAAAGCAGUGGUGCAUCCUUCGUUGGCAGUCGUUCUAGAGGCCAAAUCGUGGAGCGUCAUACUAGGAAACUCAUUAGCAUCCUUUAUUGACAUCGUGAUUACCUGCACAAUCUGUUUACAGCUGUAUCGCAGUAGGACGGGUGUUGCGAAGACAGAGAGGAUGCUCCAGCGGCUGACAUUGUACACCAUCACCACCGGACUGAUACCCGCCAUGAUUUGCCUUGCCGAGCUUAUCUCUUACGAGGUAGCCCCUGCAGUUCUCGCUUUCGAGGUUUUCGAAGCACUCGUAACGAAAUCCUAUGUCAAUACGUUCAUGGCAAGCCUGAACGUCCGGCAAUCUGUCCGAGGGAAGGGUCUCGCCGAGACGACAACGGGAAACACUCCUCAUGGAGGCAACCUGGCUACUGUCGAAUUCCAUGUCUCCAGUGACAGCUCGAACAUUCUGGGCAGCGCGAUGGCAGGUACAUUGGCUUCAAACACGCCAAAGGAGACGAGCGAAACAUACGGCGGACCGUACGGCACUCAUACCGUCUGAGACGUGGCGAGUAUCGACGCAGAGUAUGUGGAGGCAAGGAUGAUGGGCACUAGACGGUAGACCUAAAGAUUCAUCCCUUCACAAAUUAAAAAUACAAAACAUGUAUUAGUAUAGGUAUAUUUGUACGUACGUGUCAGCUCAAGUAUGUACGUGGUGGUCAGCUGCAGAUUGUAUCACUAUGCUGAGG